AUGGCUUUCAGCUCUCCUUCAUACUCGAAAAGAAAUACUGUUGAAAAAUGUUUGCCACGUUUGUCAGAGUCUGUGUUUAUCGGACUCUGCAACAUACUGGGAACAGCAGAACUAGUGACCAUGAGGAGAGAUGUUGCAGACUUCUAUGAGAUGAUAAAGAAUGAAGCAAAUAAAAAAGAAUUUAUCAUGAUGAUAAGUGGAAGUUUCAAAGAAGGAUUCAGACUUUUAGGAUCUGAUAGAGACUUUAUGUACUGGCCAGUUAAUCACCAAGUGAUUUGGGAUGUAUCUCUGUUUCAUGAGAAAUGUAUGCAACAUUUGUCAGAGUCUGUGUUUAUGGGACUCUGUACAAUAGUGGGGACCUCAGAACAAGUGACUAUGAGGAGAGAUGUACUGGACAUGCAUGAGUUAUUGAACAAUCUAGAAAAUAUAAAUUACAUCAGCAGGAUGGUGAGUGGAAGUUACAGAGAAGGAUUCAGACUAAAGAUAUCUGAUGUAGACAUGAUGUACUGGUCAAAUCAUAACCGUGUGAUCUGGGACUUGGGACAGUCUAAGUUUUACGAAAAAUACAAAUUGAAUUUAAUUGUCUCGGAUAGUUCUGAAAGUCCACCAGGAUUCACAUUGUUGUGGUUACCAUUUAUGAAUAACUUAGAAAAAGUCUGUAAAGUGAUGAAAAAUAGAUUUUAUAUAUCCAGUUCUAAAUACAAACAGUCUAUACAACCAUCCUUCAAAGGCUUUACUGAAAUAACUAGUGGAAUGCAUGGUCCCUGCAUUGCUUCUUCGGCAUUUGCUGGUGUUGUAGAUAUGGAUGAAGCUCACUGUUUUGCUUCUGAUUUUUGGCCUCCAUCCGCCUCUUCGUGGAUCCACAGAUGUACCUCAUGGCCCGGACCUCAUCUUGUUGCCGAAAUAGUCAGAAAAGGAUGUCACUUUGUCGCAAUUGGGCAUAGUUUAGGGAUUCAUGAAGAUAUUGAAUGGAGAAUUUCUUUCUCUCUGGCAGAAACACAACUUGUGUAUGCCAUGAACCACUGUCAAUUUCUAACAUAUGGUUUGCUUAAAUUGUUCUUGAAAGACGUAAUUAACAAUGGUGUAAGUAGUGAGGAAAAAUUAUUGUGUUCAUAUCACAUGAAAACCGCCGUUUUUUGGGCAAUUCAACAAAACAAACUGCUAAAAUGGUGUCCACAAAAUCUUCUGGAAUGUUUCUGGGUCUGCUUCAAACUCAUUCUUAAAUGGGUGUAUGAGGGGGUAUGUCCUAACUUUUUUAUUCCAGAAAACAACAUGUUUCUGACUAAAAUUCAUAGUGAUUCACAAUUGAUUUUAUUCCUUAGACUGUAUACACUAUAUGAAAAUGGUUGUGUAUCAUGUCUGUUACAUUAUCCAUUCAUCAGGGCACGCGUUCUUAAUGUCCUUUAUAAUCCUGGAUGCUCAAUCUGUACAGAUGAACACACAUUAAUCUCUGAGGUUAUGUUUGAUGAAUUACUGUUCAGGGAGAUAAAUCUUAUCGUUCUUUAUAGCAAAAAGUCAAACCUACGCCCCGUAGAAAUGCUGGAGACAAAUGUCAACAAACAAAAGUACAUUAUUGAUAAGAUUUCCUGUAACAUGCUAAAAUUAGUGGCCAAGUUUGGUUGUAUUUCUGAUGCGUUGUAUUUAGCAAUGUAUUAUUACAAGACAUCCAGGUACACAGAGGCUUUAUCUAUUAUAGAGAUGACAAAGGUCAAGUUAUCACAACCAUAUGUGAUUCAUUUACUGCAAAUAGGAGGAAGACAAAAGUACAUGUAUAGUGAAGCUGUAGGAGGCAAAAACUGGUCUAUAAAGAUGAGAGAUGCUCUAGGAAUGCAUGUCAUUCUUUUUGACAAUAUCUGUUAUUUCAAAGAAAUUUUAAUUGAACAGGUUGACAAAAGGAAACGGAAAUCAUUGAUCGUUCCACCAUUUAUUCUUAUUCACAUGCUAGAGCUGUUAUGUUACAGAAAAGUUGAUACUCAGAAAGUGCAAACUGCUUUGAAUGACCUACGGAUCUUAGUCCACUUUAGUUUGUUCGAGAACAUAUUCUUCUCGGACAUUUCAUGGCAGAUCCUGGGUGUAUGUCAAUACAUGACAGGGGACUUCAAGGCUGCAUUUUACUCUUACCAACAAUCACUAAGACAAUUUCCAAUGCAACAUCUACAAACCUCUACAAUAAUAAGAAUUAUAAUAUUAAUCUAUAAAGUAAUUCAUUUGCAAAAAUAA